GUGUUGGUGGCAAUCUGGUGGCCAUUCAGACCAGCCGGAUCUCCACCUACCUGCACAUGUGGAGCACGCCUGGUGUUCUCCCCCUCUGGAUGAAACAGUUCUGGCCUAACCCAUGCUCCACUUUCUGCACCUCAGAAAUUAAUUCCAUAUCAGCCCGAGUCCUGCUCUUUCUGGUGGUUCCGGGCCAUCUGAUUUUCUUCUACAUUAUCUACUUGGUGGAAGGCCAUUUGGUCCCAGACAGUAAGAUCUUUGUGGUGUUCUAUCUGCUAGCAAGCCUGAUCCAGGUGACGAUUCUUCUGUACCUGGCAGAAGUGAUGGUUCGGCUGACAUGGCACCAGGCCCUGGAUCCAGACAACCACUGUAUCCCCUAUCUCACAGGGUUGGGGGACCUCCUAGGGACUGGCCUUCUGACACUCUGCUUUCUUAUCAACUGGUUAUUGAGGAGUGAUGCAGGGCUGGAUGGUUUCUCAGAACCAUCAUCUGGACCUCCCUAAUGAGCCCAGGCAGCCCCAGUUUCUCAGUAGAAUUUUCCUUCACACCAGCAGGGUACAGAAUACAGUUUCUCCCUGCCUGGGUCCUCAGGAAGGAUGGUUGACACCCUGCCUCUGCAGUGGCCCUUUGUCAGUCUGCUAAGGACACUAACACACAUCUUGACUCUGGAGUUGGAACCUGAGCCUAUGAGGGUGAGGGAGGCCUGAAAUCAGAAGCAUUGUUUGUGUAUGAAUGUGACUGCAUGUUCCCGGACAUAAGUGCACACUCAUGUGCUUGGUGAGUGCAAAUGAGUGUGCAUGUGUGUAUGGAGAGCAGGGGACUCUGGCCUGAAGACGCUGAAGGAAGAGACAUGUCCAGUGCACUUGGGAGAUAUGCUGGCACUGUUCUGUGCCCAUGCAGCCUGGAUUGGGGAGGAACAGGAAUGAGAUGCCUUCUGUGCCCAAGCCUCAGGACUGAGCUGUGGCUUAAGCACAGUCUUCACCAGGUCUGAGCUUCAUGGGCCAUUUUGCCGGUGUGCCUGCAAAUGUGCAGCCCUUCCCAAGACAGCUCUUCCUUGCACACCCUUCAUCAGCUCCCAGUAUUUAAUCCUGUUAAUGUUUUUUCUCUUUUUUUUUCUUUUUAUGUUUAAGCAAAACUUCUGUUUAGAUUUUAAUGAUCAGAGAAGUAUAAAAUAAAACAUAGAUUAUAUUAUACUUGG